AUGGCUAAAGCGUAUACAGAGGAAAGUACCUCUUCUUCCCACCCCUGCCCCCCGGGCCCUCUGCUUCCCCCUCAGAGGCUACUUUCAUAUGUACCUUUCAGAGGUCACCAGUGCUUGUCAUUGCUAGCUUCUAAAAUUUAUUACUUCCCUUUCCAUGUCGUUGCUGGGGCUCCUGGAUUUACCUGCUGUGUUCUUCCUGUGUCUGCUUCCUCCACAUCCCUCCCUCUCUCAGACUUUGGCCUCUGGACAAAUGAUCAUGAGCAGAAUGAGUCGGACCCCAUCCCUGCCAACUGCACUGGUUGUGCCCAGAAAUUACCCCUCGAGGUAGUGCUCCUGGAAGAUACCCCGAAGAAAUUCGAGGGACUCCAUCCUCUGGUGAUCAAGACGGAACAGUCCCUUUCAUCUGAGGAGCUUCAUCGUUUUUUGUGCCAGUACCCUGAGGCCACAGAAGGCUUUGUGGACGGUUUUUUCACCAAGUGGUGGCGCUGCUUUCCUGACCGGUGGUUCCCAUUUCCUUAUCCAUGGAGAAGACCUCUGAACAGAUCACACAUUUUACGUGAACUUUUUCCUGUGUUCACCUACCUGCCAUUUCCAGAAGAUGCCUCCUUAAAAAAGUGCUACUUUCUUCAAUCAGAAUCUAUUGUGGGAAGUAAGAUGCAUAGGAUGCAUGACCUGUUUGCCAUCGGCCGCGGUGAGGCCAUGUUGCAGCUCAUCCCUCCCUUCCAGUGCCGAAGACACUGUCACUCUGUGGCGAUGCCACUAGAGCCAGGAGAUGUCGUCUAUGCAGGUGCCACCCACUGGAAGGUCUACAUUGUAGCCAGAGGGGCCCAGCCUUUGGUCAUUUGCGAUGCAACCACCCUUUCAGAGCCAUAAGAAACAACUAUACAGAGGAACAGCUUUGCAAGCUGAAGACCAGACUGAAAGGAGGAAAUAAAGACAAAAACGAGGAAA